AUGAAAUCGCAUCUACAGUCGCCGAAGCAGGAGUUCGCGCAAUUGGACACUAAGAACAGGGCUGCACUUCUCCCAUGGUCGCCCCAUGAUCGCAGCCGCAUGGACCAGGGGUUUGGGCCAGGGGGCACUCUUCUAGGUGGUGGCGGUGGCAGUGGGUCGUCGUUUGACGCUGGAAGGAUAGAUAGCAUGCUGGAGAUGGAAAACAGGAAAACUCCGCCGAUGGAUGCAGGGGUCAAUAUACCUUCCCCCCCAUUGUCGCCCAAGAUGGUGCCCCUGUGCCACAGGGAUGUACCGAAAUUUACAGACACUCAGCUGGGUGGUCAUUUCGCACUGGUGUCGCCCAAUUGGCCAGCAAAGACAGGAACACAGUUACAUGACUACCAGAGGUCAAUUGAAGAUUUCUGUAACACGUACAGGAUUUUCAACAGGGGGGAGGCGCAGCAGGGGCAACACCCUGCCGAUACCAGCGUUUUGGACACGCAGUCGCACAAUCUGAGAAGGUCCCCCACCAAGAGGGCGAAGAACUACACAACCAGUGGUCCCGCCACAACCAGUCUCAACACGCAGACGGUACAGAAUGGCGGAUUGAGACGGUACGUCGUGAAGAAGGCACAGAAGCAAAAGCAUAGGAAGGACCAGCAAUCCUUGGAGAACAGGCCGCACAAAAAGCAGCAUUACCAUCACCACGUACCACACAGACCACUGACAUCGCCUCCCCCAAACCUUGCGUCUGCAUCACUCGUGCAGAAAGUACCACAGUACGUCCAAGGUACAUCGUGGAUGGAGGUCCCAGACCACUGUCCUGCUACGGGAGUGCUGGACCACUUGGGUCACAAGGCGCUGCGCGUCGAGUGGAAAGGGUCACCACUGGAUUUGUCCGCAGAUCCGCUCAGGGACAGGUUACACCCUGCGGAGCUGGUCCUGGCGUCGAUACUACGGUUGCCCGUCGACUUGUACUUGGACUCGAAGAGAAGACUGUUCUUGGAAAAGUACUGCAAAGUGCAGAGGGGAUUGCCCUUCAGGAGAACAGACGCACAGAAGGCGUGCAGGAUAGACGUGAACAAGGCGUCCAGAUUGUAUCAAGCAUUCGAGAAAGUAGGGUGGUUGGACGACAAACAUUUCGUCUAA